GAACGACACUUGGGUGAUUAAUGGAGUAAAAAAAUUAUUUUCUUCUCCUUGUUUGACCUCAGAAAAAGUCAUUAAUUUGAUCCCAAAAUUAUGAGAUAUUAUUUAUGCAGAAAGAUUCAUAUGUUGUUGUUUUUUUUCACUCAAGAUGACUAAUAACAACGACAAUCAGGACGAGAGGAGAAAUAACAUUCGGGAGCUUGCCAGAAUUAUUCAGCAGUCCCAGAAGGAUAAAAUCCCGAAGGUUGACGUUCCAUUGUUCGAUGGAAACAACGCCUCGGGAUGGGCAGAAAAGUUUGAGCAAUUGGGAAGUUGCUGCGAAUGGUCGAAUGAAAAGAUGUUGCGAAUGGUGAAGAGAUACUGCAAGAUCCAGUACAAGGAAGAGGUGGAGGAGUUGGUACAAGAUUCGCUGGACUGGCCAGAAUUCAAAAGGAAGCUGCUAGACAAGUACCAGUUGAGCGAUCAACUGUUGGACUUAACCGAUUUGAGGAAGGUUAGUCGGAAAAGCUUUGGUACAACAAAGCAGUUCCUUACUGAAUUCGAGCGGGUGGCAAGGUUAGUUCCUAACGUUCCAGACAAAGAUCGUUGCCUCAUCUUCCUGGAUAAUUUCACGGAAGUGGAGCAACUAGAAUUGGUAAAGGGAAUGAAAGAGCGAUAUGAUUGGUCAAAAAUUCGAGAGAAUUUAUUGGCCGGGAACUUUGAUCAGAUCCUGUACCGAUCGCUGAAACAGCAGAAGGAGAAUCGAGAGAGGAUACAGUUGGGAACAGAUAAGGACAGGGAAGUCUAUAAAACCUUAUCUGACAUGAAGGAGAUGAUGACAAGCAUGAAAGAAGAGCGGUUGAAGCUUCAAGUGAUGAUGGCUAAGGCGAAAACUGGGAAGAGAAAAGAGAAGCAGCCUAUCAAUGAAGAGAGUAGCAGUGAGAGUGAAAGCGAGGAGGAAAGGAAACCCCCUCGUAAGUUGACCAAGGCUGAGAGGAAAGCCUUGAACCAAAUACGAGGAGGGCAAUGUACUUCUCAUAAACAAGGAGAAAGCAGCAAGAAUGGAGGAAAUGGAAGCGGGGAGCGACAGGUUGACCAAGGACAACAAAAUCAAGGUCAACAGACUCAACCACAGGGUGGUCGAGGACGUGAUAGGGGCCGCGGAAACGGAGGCGGACGUGGGAACUGGCAGGAAUACGUCUGCAAAUAUUGCGAUAUGAAGGGGCACAUUAUUCAUUUCUGUCAGAUUCUCGCCAAGGACGAAAAAGACCAUAUCGUCUUUACGACGAUUCGAGGAGAAGUCUUUGACUUCGAGGGAAAUCUCAUCGAUCAGGAUAUUGAAGGAGGAAUGAGAAAAGAGGUUUUUCGACGGAUGAAAACGAAUGAGAUCUUGGAGUGGCCGACUCCCUUCAGAUCUAUUACCGACGUUCGGAGCUUCCUCGGAACAUGCGGAUUUUGGCGAGUUUUUAUCCGCAGGUUCGCAGCGAGGGUGGAACACUUGUGGAAGUUAGUACGCAAGAAUCAGGUCUGGGAGUGGGGACCGAAGCAGCAGUCAGCCGUUGAGGAUAUUAAAGCUGAGUUUCGAGAAGGCGGCCUGAUUCUGGGAGUUCCUUGCUUUUAUGAUACUGAAGGCCGUCCUUUCAUCAUCGAGACCGAUGCAGGUCCUACCGCUUUGGGAGGAGUUUUUGUCCAAAAGGAUGGGGAAGGACGGGAACGGCCAUUGAGGUUCGAGAGCAGAACUCUGAAUAUUACUGAGCGAAAAUACUCCCAGUUCAAGAAGGAAACUCUCGCUGUGCUUCACUGUCUGCGUAUUUUCAGGAAUUAUAUAUUUGGCAAGCGGUUCAUUCUGCGAGUUGAUCCUACGGCUCUAGCUCAAUCAUUAAAGAAGUAUUCUCCUUCUGAUCCAACCACUGCUCGAUGGCUGACGUAUAUUUGGAUGUUCAAUUUUGAGAUUGAGCGCAUUUCAGGCGCUCAGAAUCGAGCAGAUGGAUUGAGUCGUGUUGAUUGGUACUCAUCAACGGAUCAGGCUGAGGAUUCGGUUCCUGUCGAUGGAUUCCUCGAAGGAAAAGAGUCACAGUUGAGUAUUAACUCAUACAAUUACUUGGCGGAUGCAACAACCCGGAAUGGGAAAACCAUCUGGAAUGCUCCUUGUUUCCAUCAUGUGCGAUCAGAGUUCGUGAUUGGGGAGUCGUUCAUUGAGGAAGACCCAUGGGGUGAAAGAACAUCUGAGCAAAUGAUGAAUUUGGCUUUGUCUGAUGAAGUCGAGCUCAUCAAAGAGCCGCUGACGAUUGAGUAUGGGCAUGAGCAGGCUGAUAAGACUUUCAGGAUCACUGGAGAGAUAUCAUUCCUUGUGAACUCUCUAAUUCACGAGGACUGCCUGAAAAUGAUGAAUGAAGAAGCAGAAGGCGAUGGAAUCAGAGAGGCUUUCAGAGAAGGAGAGUAUGAUGGGGAGUAUAAAUUAAUGGGAAUGUGGUUGAAUGGUGAGUUGAGGGAGGAUGAGGUGGAUCCAGAUGUUCGUCAGAAAAGUAAGGAUUUUGUUGUAAGAUAUGGUCAUAUUUUCAAGAAAUCCAACGAUGACAUUCCGAGAAGAGUGGUAUGUGGGGUUACGCGACAACUUGAUGUGAUUGCGGCUUUGCAUGAUGGGGUCGCAGGCGGACAUAGAUCGGCACGAGUCACUUUGAAAAAGAUUCAACAUCUUUAUUUUUGGGAAGGAAUGAACAAGAUGGUAAAUGACUUAUGUAACUCUUGUCUUCCUUGCUAAAGGCGAUCUAAUCUGUGUUUUGUUGAACCUCUUAAUCCACGCUAUGUCGCUAAGCCAGGAGCAGUAGUAUACCUUGAUCUGUUAGUCAUGCCACCUGGAAUAAAUAGGUACAGAUAUA